AUGCCUUCCGAGAACGCGCAAUCCCUCAAGGUUUUGGAUGAGCUCAUGCAGCAGCUCACCAUCUCCAAGGAGGCCCCCGCCAUCAAGGAUGCUUCCGCUGCCCUUGCGUCCUUCAUGAACGGUCGCAUUGAGGACAAGGACGUCCCUACCAAGACCAUCGAAGCCCUCCAGAAGCAGCUUGCCAGCAAGAAGGAUGCCCUCGCCCGUGAAAAGGCUCUGGUCGCCAUCAACGCUAUCGCCAAGCACUCCGAGGUUUCGGCCCACGUCGAGCCUUUCCUCGUCGCUCUCCUUCCCGCCAUCUUCGCUGCUGCCGGUGACAAGAUUGCCGCUGUCAAGAAUGAGGCUACCGCCGCCGCCCUCGCCAUCGGCGAGGCCAUCAACCCCAACGCCGUCAAGGCCGUUCUUCCUGCCGUCAUGAGCUCCAUCACCACCGCCCAGAAGUGGCAGGAGAAGAUGCUCGCUCUCGACUUCCUCGACGCCCUCGUCAAGACCGCCCCUACCCAGGUCUCUUUCCGCGUCCCUGACUUGAUUCCCGUCGUCUCCGAGUCGAUGUGGGACACCAAGAAGGAUGUCAAGGACCGUGCCUACAAGACGAUGGAGAAGAUCUGCUCUCUCAUUGUCAACAAGGAUAUCGAGCGCUUCAUUCCCGAGCUCAUCAAGUGUAUCUCCAAGCCUGAGAACGUCCCCGAGACUGUUCACUUGCUCGGUGCCACCACUUUCGUCACCGAGGUCCAGGAGCCCACCCUUGCCCUCAUGGUUCCUCUUCUCGACCGUGGUCUUGCCGAGCGUGAGACCGCUAUCAAGCGAAAGGCUGCCGUCAUCGUUGACAACAUGUGUAAGCUCGUCGACGACCCCAACGUUGUCGCUCCUUUCUUGCCCAAGAUGAUGCCCGCUCUUGAGAAGAACCACGAUACCCUAGCCGACCCCGAGGCUCGUGAGAAGACCAAGCAGGCCCUCGAGACCCUCACCCGUGUCGGUGCCGUCAAGGAUGGCAAGAUCCCCGAGGUCCGCCUCGACGGUGAUAUCGCUGUCGUCCUCGGCAAGCUCAAGGAUAUCCUUUCCGGCAAGCACGCUGCUGUCGCUGAGAAGCUCGCUCCCGUCCUCGAGUACGCUGCCGCUCUCGCCGGCCAGCUCAUCGACGAGAAGGAGACUGACUCCUCCACCUGGGCCGAGAACAUCAAGCCCUACAUCACCGUCGUUGUCGGCGAUGCCGAGUCUGACUCCGUUGCUGAUGAGGAUGAUGAGGAGGGUGAGGACCUCUGCAACUGCACCUUCUCCCUCGCCUACGGUGCCAAGAUUCUUCUCAACCAGACUAGCCUCCGUCUCAAGCGUGGCCAGCGCUAUGGUCUUUGCGGUCCCAACGGUUCCGGCAAGUCUACUCUCAUGCGUGCUAUCAACAACGAGCAGGUUGAGGGUUUCCCCAAGCAGUCCGAGGUCAAGACCGUCUUCGUCGAGCACGAUCUCGACUCUGCUGAUACUGAGAUGACCACCAUUGACUGGACCAUGAAGAAGCUCGAGGAGGCCAAGGUCACCACCUCCAAGGAGGAGGUCAUCAAGACCCUCAACGAGUUCGGCUUCACCGAUGGCAUGGUCAGCGGCGAGAUCACCGCCCUCUCCGGUGGUUGGAAGAUGAAGCUGGCUCUGUGCCGUGCCGUCUUCGAGGCUCCCGAUAUUCUGCUUCUCGACGAGCCUACCAACCAUUUGGACGUGAAGAACCACAUCAUCCACUACGAGCGCUUCAAGCUCAAGCGUUACAAGGGUAACCUCAAGGAGUUUGUCCGCAAGUGCCCCUCUGCUCGCUCCUACUACGAGCUCGGCGCCUCCGAGAUCGAGUUCUCCUUCCCCGAGCCCGGUUUCCUUGAGGGUGUCAAGACCAAGGCCAAGGCCAUUCUCCGUGCCACCAGGAUGAGCUUCCAGUACGCCGGUACCAGCAAGCCCCAGCUCACCGACAUCACCUUCCAGUGCUCGCUCGGCUCCCGUAUCGCCGUCAUUGGCCCCAACGGUGCUGGCAAGUCGACCCUCAUCAACGUGCUCACUGGUGAGCUCAUCCCCACCGAGGGUGAGAUCUACCAGCACGAGAACAUGCGUAUUGCCUACAUCAAGCAGCACGCUUUCGCGCAUAUUGAUAACCACUUGGACAAGACUCCCUCCGAGUACAUCCAGUGGCGUUUCCAGACUGGUGAGGAUCGCGAGACCAUGGAUCGCGCCAACAAGAUCAUCACCGAGGACGACGAGCAGGCCAUGAACAAGAUCUACAAGAUUGACGGCACCGAGCGUCGUGUCAUUGGCAUCCACUCUCGCCGCAAGUUCAAGAACAGCUACGAGUACGAGUGCUCGUUCAGCCUCGGCGAGAACGUUGGCCAGAAGAACGAGCGCUGGACUCCCAUGAUGACUGCGGACAACCAGUGGCUCCCCGAGGCCCUCGCCUCGGGUCAGUUCCGCCCUCUGGUCCGCCGCGAGAUCGAGACUCACUGCGCCAACUUCGGCCUCGAUGCCGAACUCGUCUCUCACUCCCGCAUGCGCGGUCUCUCCGGUGGUCAGCGUGUCAAGGUUGUCCUCGCCGCUUGCUCGUGGCAGCGACCUCACUUGAUCGUUCUUGACGAGCCUACCAACUAUCUCGAUCGUGACUCUCUCGGUGCCCUCUCCAAGGCGCUCAAGAACUUCGAGGGUGGUGUCAUCAUCAUCACUCACUCUGCCGAGUUCACCAAGGACUUGACUGAGGAAGUCUGGGCUGUCAUGGACGGCAAGAUGACUCCUUCCGGCCACAACUGGGUCCAGGGCCAGGGUUCCGGCCCCCGUCUCUCGGCCAAGGACGACGAUGGCGAGGACAAGUUCGAUGCCAUGGGUAACAAGAUCACCGCCUCCAAGAAGAAGAGCAAGCUCUCGUCCAGCGAGGCUCGCAAGAAGAAGAAGGAGCGCAUGGCCCGCCGCAAGCGUGGUGAGGAGGUCUUCUCCGAUGAGGACGAGUAA